CCUCAUUAAGCUGACAUGGCAGACCGGCCAGGGGAUUUCCACCACUGCAUCGUCAGAUAUAAUUGGUUUAAUGAGACUCGGGCCCCGCAAUUUUGAUUAUCAUCAGUAAUUUCUAGCUAGAAUUGCUUAGUGGGCUUAAAAAAAAUUUUUUUUUUUAACGGCUGCGUCCUAAUCCUUGUUUUCUCAAACAGUCGAUGCACUUUUCAAAUCCGUGAAAGUGAUACCGCGUGUUUUAGGACAAGCGUCAAGGGAUGGCUAGCCGGAGCGGCCCAAACAGUGAGCGCACUGUCCGACAGGUUUGUUCUUUCCCAGGUAGAAAAGGCUGCGCUGGCUGCAACACCUCAGUCCUGGACGGGGCAGAGACUUUGGGCUUUCUCAACCUGAUUCCGUCCGUUGUCUUUUAAAAGCACUUAGGGUGUUAGUUUGAAAAAGAACUCUUUGACAAAGCAGUGGGCUCAGACUGCCAGGUCCUCCUUAUCAUAACAUCCUCUCCUACGAGGCAGGCUGUUUGUACUGAAGCUCUCUGACUGCCGUCGGACUACGUGGUGUGUGUGUGUGUGUGUGUGAGAGAGAAAAAGAGAGGAGGCUCCAUUUGCUCUGCUUACUCAGCUCUGUCAUCGACCUCACAUGCCGCGGUGGCCUUCAGUACGGUUCGUCUGUUAUGGACUUUAGAGUGGAUAUCCUGAGGCUGCUGGAUUCCAUUUAUUUCUCACACGGACUUAAAACCGAGACAUGGAGAACAGAGAGACGCUGCGUGGGCUGCAGAAGAUGGAGGAUCGGCCGGAGGAGCGCAUGAUCCGUGAGAAGCUUAAGGCCACCUGUAUGCCCACCUGGAAACAUGAGUGGCUGGAGAGGAGGAACAAGAGAGGCCCAGUGGUUGUAAAGCCCAUUCCCUUGCGGCCAGACAGCAAUGAAGUUGGACGUCUGGGGCUUGAGAUGGGCAGCGACACCGCGAGCAACUCUUCAUCUCAGUGCAGAGGUCGUCGCAGCCCAUCACCCGGACCUUCCUCAUCCUCCAUCUCUUCCAGUUCCUCAUCUACCAAGACAGCAGGGAAACCUGAGUCCCCAGGCGUCCGCAGGAAGAGGGCAUCCCCGGUUCCCUUUCAGAGCGGCAGGGUAACACCACCUCGACGGGCGCCAUCACCUGACGGCUUCUCUCCGUACAGUCCCGAAGAGACGAAUCGCAGGGUCAACAAGGUCAUGAGGGCCCGCCUUUACCUGCUCCAGCAAAUUGGACCUAACUCCUUCCUGAUUGGAGGAGACAGCCCAGACAAUAAAUACCGUGUGUUCAUUGGACCUCAGACCUGCAGCUGCGGUCGAGGGGCGUUCUGCAUCCAUGUGCUUUUCGUCAUGCUGAGAGUCUUCCAGCUGGAGUCGUCCGAUCCACUGCUCUGGAGAAAGACACUCAAAAACUUUGAGGUGGAGAGCUUAUUCCAGAAGUACCACAACCGGAGGAGCUCACGAAUCAAAGCCCCGUCUCGCAGCACCAUCCAGAAGUUCGUGUCGCGCAUGUCCAACUCUCAUACCACCUGCACGUCCAGCUCCUCACCCUCCAGCAACGAGAGCAGCAUGAAGGACGAGGAAGAGCAGAUGUGUCCGAUCUGUCUGCUGGACAUGCUAGAUGAGGAGAGUCUGACUGUGUGUGAGGAGGGCUGCAGGAACAAGCUGCACCACCACUGCAUGUCAAUAUGGGCGGAGGAAUGUCGGAGAAACCAAGAAGCCCUGAUCUGCCCUCUGUGUAGGGCCAAGUGGAAGUCACAUGAUUUUUACAGUCAUGAUCCAGCGUCUACAACGGAAAGCUCCAUAAGUCGCUCUCAGAGCCUGGUAUCUUCAUCCACCGCGUCAUCGUCCUCCCACGCUGAAGGUCAGAGGGCCGCUCACGAGGGAGACUUCUCUCUCCCGCAUUACGGAGUGCAGCAAAUCCCUCCGACUUAUAAAGAACUGGCCGAGCCUUGGAUCAAGGUGUUUGGUAUCGAGUUGGUCGGCUGUCUGUUCUCCCGGAACUGGAACAUCAGAGAGAUGGCGCUCCGGAGGCUGUCGCAUGACGUGAGCGGCGCCUUGCUCCUGGCUAACGGCGAGCACUCGAUGGCGAACGCGGCGACCGGGGCAGGGGCGGGUAUCGGAGCGGCAGGAAGCGAAGUCUCAGGGGAAGUGGUGGUGGAGUCGUGCUGCAGCGUUCUCUCCAUGGUGUGCGCAGACCCAGUGUACAAAGUCUACGUAGCUGCGCUGAAAACCCUGCGGGCCAUGCUGGUCUACACGCCAUGCCACAGUCUGUCGGAGCGCAGUCGCCUGCAGCAGCUGCUCCGGCCCGUGGUCGAGACCAUCUUGGUUAAAUGUGCCGACGCCAACAGUCGCACCAGCCAGCUGUCCGUGUCCACUCUCCUGGAGCUGUGUAAAGGCCAAGUUGGAGAGCUUGCUGUUGGUAGAGAGAUUCUCAAAGCAGGUUCUAUGGGGAUAGGUGGAGUGGACUAUGUGCUGAACUGUAUCCUGGGUUCCCAGACGGAGGCGAAUAACUGGCAGGCGCUUCUAGGCCGCUUGUGCCUGAUUGACAGGUUGCUGCUGGAGUUUCCUGCCGAGUUCUACCCCCAUAUCGUCACAGCCGCAGACUGCGGACAUCCCCAGAAUCAGGUGGAGAGGUACCAGAAAUUACUGCGUCUGCUGGGCUUUGCGCUGCAGUCCAUCGAUAACUCUCACUCCAUGGUAGGGAAGCUGUCGCGCCGCGUGUUCCUGAGUGCCGCCCGCAUGGUGGCCCGCGUCCCCCACGUCUUCGUCAAACUUCUGGACAUGCUGAGUGUCACCAGCUCCACCCAUUAUGCCCGUAUGCGUCGGCGUCUCCUGGCCAUUGCCGAGGAGAUGGACAUCCUGGAUGCCUUGCACCUUGGCCUUGAGGAUGUACAGGGGGGUGCUGGGACGCACUGCGACGCCUUUCUGGACCCCGCAGCUCCUCACAACUCGCCCGUUUCCACAGAGAGGAACUCGCCCACUCACUGCGUGCCGGAAAAGCCCUGCGGUAAAGUCGCUCGAUGUGGAGCGGCUAGUGCCAAAACCAUAGACGACAUGUCGGACAGGUUGGCAUGCAUCACCACUGGACCUGCUGACCCCCCAAAACCGCCAGUUCAACAGCGCGGCCCCAUCAGACCCCUGAGCCAGUGUCUUAAUUCACAUUCGCCCUCCUCCAGUCAGCCACCCCCACUCCCCUCCCCUUCUACCUCUCAAGCCAGGCCACAAGGUUUUGUCCCUGGCAAGCUCACUAACUGUUCCCCCGGUGCCCAGCGUAAAUUCCCAAUUCCUAAGGGUGCUAGUGGAGGAGGGACCAACAAAGACACCGACAAGCUGCCUUCUCCUGUGUUCUCCCAAGCCAGGCCUCUGCCUCCCAACCACAUUCAUCGUCCCAAACCCUCAAGGCCCUCUCUUUCUCCUUCCACCUCUUGUGAGGCAGCUAAAGCUCAGUGCCAGGCUCACAAAGGCAAUAUGAAGCUCGAUCUUCAGGACAUUUCUCCAGGACAUGAAAGUUCAAGGUGCAGUGCUAGCUCUGGGUUCGUCCCUAGCGAGGAUUCGGUCUUCACGCCCGUGGACGAUAAGUUCCACGGCCUGGACGCUUCUGCAGAGCUCAACUCCAGCAUGGAGGAUCUCCUGGAAGCGUCCAUGCCGGCGGCGGACAGCACGGUGACGUUCCAGUCGGAGGUGGCGGUGUUGUCACCCGAGCAGACCGGUUCGGACGACGCGUACUGCCAGGAUGUGACGCAGAACCAGAAGUGCAAGGAGAAAAUGGAGGCCGAAGAAGAGGAGGCGCUGGCGGUCGUCAUGGCGAUGUCAGCAUCCCAGGAUGCGCUACCCAUCAUCCCGCAGUUGCAGGUGGAGAAGGAGGAGGACGUCAUCAUCAUACAGGUGGAUACACCAGAGACGCUGCCUGGUCAUACCAAAGCAAAACAGCCCUACCGUGAGGGUGCCGAGUGGCUGAAGGGUCAGCAGAUCGGUUUGGGCGCGUUCUCGUCCUGCUACCAAGCUCAGGACGUCGGCACCGGAACGCUGAUGGCCGUCAAACAGGUGACCUAUGUGAGGAACACGUCCUCUGAGCAGGAGGAGGUCGUAGAGGCACUGCGGGAGGAGAUUCGGAUGAUGAGCCACCUCGAUCACCCCAACAUCAUCCGCAUGCUGGGUGCGACCUGCGAGAAGAACAACUACAACCUGUUUGUGGAAUGGAUGGCAGGUGGCUCUGUGUCUCAUCUACUGAACAAGUACGGUGCCUUUAAGGAAGGUGUGGUGAUCAACUAUACAGAGCAGCUGCUCCGAGGUCUGGCCUACCUCCACGAGAAUCAGAUCAUCCACCGUGACAUCAAAGGUGCCAAUCUGCUGAUUGACAGCACAGGCCAGAGGCUGCGGAUAGCCGACUUUGGCGCAGCGGCGAGGCUGGCGUCCAAAGGCACGGGCGCGGGAGAGUUCCAGGGCCAGCUGCUCGGUACCAUCGCCUUCAUGGCCCCGGAGGUGCUGAGAGGCCAGCAGUACGGCCGGAGCUGUGACGUGUGGAGCGUGGGAUGUGCCAUCAUCGAGAUGUCGUGUGCCAAGCCACCGUGGAAUGCAGAGAAGCACUCCAACCACCUGGCACUCAUAUUCAAGAUCGCCAGUGCCACCACAGCACCCAGCAUCCCUCCUCACCUCUCUCCAGGUCUGAGAGACGUCACACUGCGCUGUCUGGAGCUGCAGCCUACCGACCGGCCGCCCUCUCGCGAGCUCCUCAAACACCCAAUCUUCCGCCACAACUGGUAACACUGAGUGUCCAGGAACUACUGAAGCGCCUGUCCGGGCCGCCCCCCCUUCACUGCUGUCUUCCCCUCUGCACUAGCACUAGCACUAGCUUAGCACAGACAUAUAUGUAUAUACACACACACACACUGAGCCCUUUACUGCUGUAGCCUCAACAAAUAAUGCAAAAGCAGCCCAUCGAGUGCCUUUACAACAAAGCGUCAUGUCUCUUUGGUGCAUUCUGUUUGUGUGUUAAACCAAGUCUUCGCUCCUUCCUGCAUCGUCUGUUGCCGUUUCAAUCACAGGAAGGCGCUAAAAAGCUUUUUUGUUUGUUUUUUUUGUAAUGAAAUCUAUGUAACUGGAGCAAGAUGAUUAUUAUAAUUUUUUUUUUUUUUUUACAAGUAAAGGUGUAAUAAUCUUGUUUUAACUGGUGGAAUCUUUUGCAUUUAUCCGUUUCUUUAGAUUUGUGCAUUUUACUGUCGGGCCAUCAUGUUUUUCUUUUUGCGACAUGUAAAAAGCACCACGAACGGGUUUCAGGGAAAGGUGACGCUACAACAGAAAUUUAGCCAUUUCAGCUAGCGUUAACGCUCAUUGUGAAUGCUCAGAACGCUGGUAUCUGUCUGAACGUACGGUUUCUGAUUUUAAGCCUCAGCGGAAAUCCCGUGUAACGAUAUCUGAUUUUCUACGUGUUGUAAAAUGGGCGGAGUCAAGGAUGCAUUUAUUAACUUUCUGAGUUUAGCUAUGUUUUUGAUUUCGAGACCAGCAAUCGUCUUGAACCUCAUAACUCGUGAUGUUACGUCAAAAAACAUCGAUUUGCAGUUGACUUUCCUUCGGGUUCUGUGAUUAGCAUGUUAGCAUGUACAUGAGCCUUUGUUGUAAACGGUCAUUUUAUUCAGAACAGUUUUUUUUUUUUUUUGUUGUUUUUUAAGCUGCAUUCUUGGUGCUGUUCAAUCCGAUGCUAAUAAUCUUGGCGAUCUUGUCCUCAGCGCAUGUUUUAAGCGAGCAGUUUUGAUUCACCUCAGGCUUAAUAUAAGCGCCGUUAGCUGUGUAUGGUGGCGGGAUAUUACUGAGCUUGCGCCUUUCUUUCUUGUCAAUAUUUUUUUUUUUUUAUUAUUUCUUGCUCGAAAUACGAGUCUGCUUGUCUUUUUUCUUUUUCAGUUAGCAACACUGAACAAGUUUUUGAAUCAUGUUAAUUGUGUUAAACUCUUCAAGUGUUGAUGGUGUUCUUGUAACCUGUUAAGUGAUGAGGCUCAUUUUUGAGAAUCUAUUUUUUUUUUUUUUUUUUUUUUGCAAACCCUCCUAAUCAAAUGAAGGGGUGUCGAAAAAUUCAUGACAAUUUUUAGAGUUUUUUUUUUUUUUUAAGCAGAAGUAAAACUAUUUAACGCACGUUCUUGUGUGGGAUACAAGCCGAUCAGGCUUGAAGAGUUAAUAUGUAAAUAUAUGUGAAAUUUUUGGUAGCUAAAAUUUAUUUUACUUGACUCCUGUAUUUUUAUACCACACUUUUUCCAUAAAUACAUAUUUUUUUGUUUCUCCUCUGAGUUUAUUUUAUCUUUCUUUUUAAUGUCUAUAUGAAAAAGCUUUAAAAUUAUGCACUCUUUGUCUUUUUAUAUACUGGAAAAGAAAACGAUCAGACAAAUUCAGUCAAAUUCAUAAAUAUGCUAAUCAGUAUUACCUGUAAUUCAGUUCUUUCACUCGUUUAUUGAUUUUUCUUUCUUUUCUUGCUGUUAUGUAUUUUAUUUUACACUGAUGUAUUGUACUUUUGCCCUUUUUAUGGAUCAGAGCUGGACUGAAAUUGUGAAAUAAUGCUGUUUCUUGUCACUUGGUACUUUUUUUUUUCUUUUCUUUUUUUCCCUUCUCUUUUCUCUUUUUUAUUUUAUUUUUAUUUUGUUUUAUAUCUAUUGCUGUUUUAUUCCAGUCUCUACUACCUCAGGUGUCCUAUAGAGUUUCCUCUACCAAAGUUCACUUUCUCAAUAUAUAUAUAUAUAUAUAUAUAUAUAUAUAUAUAUAUAUAUAUAUAUAUAUAUAUAUAAUUAUAUAUAUAUAUAUAUAUAUUCUUUUGACUGUUAUUUGUUUAUUUUAAUCUCUAUUUUUCAGAUUUCCAGGGCUUAGGGGCUAAGUUUUAUAUUAGCAUUAUUUUUAUUGUGCAAAUAAACUCAUGAAACCUACGGGGUAAUGAAACAGAACGAUUGGCUUAAGCUAUAUUCUUUCAUUUUAAGCAGAUUGAAAUGUUUAAAGUUUUGACCCUAUUGGAAACCUUUUAUAAUAAAAUCGACUUAUUUUGGUGUUCGUCUUUAGCAAAUAAAAAUGGGAAAUUGGUCUUA